AUGCAGCUGUCCUGCAGCACCAGCAGCACCGCAUCCAGCAGCAGCAGCAGCACAUCAGCAGCAGCAGCAGCACAGCAGCAGCAGCAGCAGCAGCACAUGCUGCGCGCCGCAGCCGCGCUGCCACUCACACGCGCAGCAGCAGCAGCAGCAGCGACAGACCUCAGCAGCAGCAGCACCUCAGCAGCAGCAGCAGCACAUCUUCCCCAUCUGCAGCAGCAACGCAGCGAAACCCCACGAGCACGACAGCAGCAGCAGCACCGCACAAACACCGCCAGCACCACCGCAGCAACAGCAGCAGCAGCAGCAGCAGCAGCAGCAGCAGCAGCAGCAGCAGCAGACCGAGUGGAGGCGGGACUCGGGAGAGUGGGGGGGAGAAGAAUGGGUCUGCGCGUCGACGUCGGGGCCCCCGGGGCCCCCAGGGGGCCCCUCAGGGGGCCCCCCAGGGGGCCCCCCGCUAUCCGGGGGGGCCCCGGAAUUAAAAGAUUGGUAUUUGUUGGAGAAGAUUCACUAGCGAAAGAAGUGGAAGGUGUAGAGACACCCCAAGUGAUCCUUGGACUCAAGACAUCAUCUGGCAGGAGAAAGGCGGCGUCGCCAUCCUUGUCUGCGAUGAUAGAGCUGCUCGGGCUACCUGGGCAGAGCCUGAGUUGCUGCUGGGCGCUGGCUCAUGAAUUCUGCGCGGAGACGGCAGCGGGGGCGGCGGGCGCUGCUGCUGCUGCUGCGGCGGCGGCGGCGCUGCUGCUGCUGCUGCUGCUGCUGCUGCGCUGCUGCUGCGCCGCCACUGGCACGCCCAGCAGCAGCUCCGCAGCAGCAAACAGCCACGGGGGCCCUCGGGCUCGCGGACUUCGGCUGUCUUCUCCAGAAACUCUAGAGAGCCCCGCGAACGGGAAUCUGUCGAAGUCCGAGAGGGAACAGCGGGAGGAGCAUCGAGCUAGCCGCGAAGUGCUGCGGCUGCUGCUGCAGCGCCUGGCCUCUGUUCAGCCCAGACUUCUAGCCCUCUGUUUAUUACCUGCAGCAGCAGCAGCAGCAGCAGCAGCAGCAGCAGCAGCAGCAGCAGCAGCGGCAGCGGCGGCGGCGGAGGAGGAGGAGUGCAGGCGGGAAGGGAGGGGCGCAGAGGGCAGCCACGAUAAUGGACGACUCGCGACACGGAACAGCCAACCGCCAUUCAGCUGCCGGAUCUGGCAGCAGCAGCAGCAGCAGCAGAAGCAGCAGCAGCAGCAGCAGCAGCAGAAGCAGCAGCAGCAGCAGCAGCGACCUAUCGAAGCGGAGCAGCAAAAACACGAAGGAAAGACAAAACAAUUGCAAAUGAAGCAGCAAAGUUCCCCUCCCUGCAGCAGCAGCAGCAGCAGCAGCAGCAGCAGCAGCGGCGGCAGCAGCAGGGGGAGGUGGCGAGCAGCGCAGGAACCGCCGGAAUUCAGCAGCAGCAGCAACAGGGGAGGUAGGGAGCAGCGCGGGAACAGCCGAAAUGCAACAGCAGCAGCAGCAGCAGCAGCAGCAGCAGCAGCGGCAGAAGGGGAGGUACGGGACUGCGCAGGAACGGCCGGAAUGCAGCAGCAGCAGCAGCAGCAGCAGCAGCAGCGGGAUGAAACUGGGGCAGAGAACUGCACAGGUGUAGCAAAAAUGCAGCAGCAGCAGCAAGGGGAAGAAGCCCAGGCAGAGAGCUGCACAGCAGCAACGGAAGUGCAGCAGCAGCUGCUGCUGCGGCAGCUGCUGCUGCAGCAGGCUGCCGCAGAUGCAGCGAGUGACACAGCAGCAGCAGCAGGGCACGGCAGCAGCAGCGGGGAGACACAGCAGCAACAGAGACACGGGAUCAGCAGCAAAACGGCCACAGCACAGCAGCAGGAAGUCGCCACAGCAGCAGCAGGCAGCCGCAGCAGCAGCAAAGAACCCUGGCAGCAGCAGGAAGCGGAUGUGCAGCAGCAGCAGCAAAGCAGCCGCAGCAGCAGCAAAACAGCCGCAGCAGCAGCAAAACAGCCGCAGCAGCAGCAGCUUGAAACUGCAGCCAGAGCCCACUGUGGCGAGGAGUUCAGAAGACACACUUGGGCUUGA